GAAUCACGACUUUGCAGGCUGACAGGAGGCUUGAGUUGCAGCUGCAGUGCUGUGGGCGGAGCAGGCAGCUCCAGGCCUCUCUGUACCAUUGGGUGCGCUGGGAGCGCUCGCAGCCAAUCUCGGUUGAACAGUGGCAAGUUCUUCCCAAGCCCUACUUGAACUCUGCCAAAUGUGCAGAUGAGUUUUAGGAAAGUUUCGAGUUCACAAAGUCAAGUUCCCUUCCCCUCCCCCCAAAACAGUCUAUUUUAGAUCGUAUCUUUCGUAUUUGCAUCCUCGUUGUUCAAAAAACAAAACAAAGCGAAGGGGGUGAUUGCACAAUGUAUACCGCGGGACUAGCUCCGUAUUACGCCAGUAAUUUCAGUCUCUGGUCUGCCUACUGCUCGAAUGGCUUGUUGGAUUCGGUGAAGAAGCCUUCGUUUUGCAUCGCGGACAUUCUGCAUCUGAGCGACAGUGAGAACAUGCCGACCGGCCCGCCGACUCUGGCUGGAUCAUCGGCCAUCGUAGCUCACAUGAGUGGACACCACAGCUUACAGCCGUCGGGCUCGCCUCUGCGCCCCACGCCCGUGGCCCCGGACCAUAUGGGCGGCUUCGCUCAGAGACCUUCGCCCGCCUCCCCCUACCAUCGAGCGCCGGCCAUCUGCACUUCUUCGCCCCGGAUUCAGCUGGCAGCCGGCUCGGUGCAUCAGCUUCCCGCGCCCUCCAGCAAGGACCUUAAGUUCGGCAUUGACCGCAUCCUGUCCGCCGAUACUGACUUUAAAAUCAAGGAAUGCAACACUUUACGAGAUCUCACCUCUCUCAUGGGCCCAAGUCGGCGGCCCGGAAUCCACCUCUCCGUGCACAGUUCUGCCAACCAGUUCUUUGCGUCGCUGGACCCCGGACUUGGUGAGCCUCCCUCUGUUUUGAACUCCAGAAGCUCGCACCAGCAACAUUAUCAGGAUUCUUUUCCAGCAGGGCCUUACGCUGUUCUAACGAAGGACACAAUGCCACAGACGUACAAAAGGAAGCGGUCUUGGUCCAGAGCUGUAUUCUCUAAUCUGCAGAGAAAGGGUCUGGAGAAAAGAUUUGAGAUUCAGAAGUAUGUGACGAAACCUGACAGGAAGCAACUGGCGGCGAUGCUGGGGUUGACAGAUGCCCAGGUGAAGGUGUGGUUUCAAAACCGGCGGAUGAAGUGGAGGCACUCGAAGGAAGCUCAGGCGCAGAAGGACAAGGAGAAGGAAGCAGUGGAGAAGCCAGCCUCUGUGGAGGGGGAACAGCGAGUGAGGGAGAAUCAGAGCGACAGUGAGAAAAGUGACUCUGAAUCCACUGACCUGAACGAGAAAGACAUCGAGGUGAACGACGCAGCAGAUCUCAAGCCCACCGUCAUUAGAUCGGGUCUCGGUCCCUUAAGUACUGCAGUACCACAGCAAAGCCUCACACCCGAACCAAGUGCCCCGGCGUCUCCAACGCAAAUCUUGCUAUAAAUGUGAACAUUAUUUUACCACCCCCUCCCCAAAGGGAUUGCCACGAGGUAAAGGACAUUUCAGAAGAAAUUAAUAAGUUAUAUUAUUGCGAAAUGAAGUCGAAAAGAGACCACAUUCAACUUCCUACGUGUAAAUUGCAAAUAUGUAAAUAUUGUUUGACACUUUAAAUCAUAUGUCUUGUUUAAAAAAGGAUAUCAUUGGAAAGUGAAUGUUCUUGUAUUAUAAGUUUUAAUGAUAUGAUAUUGAUUUUUCAUUUGAUUUUCAUCAAAUUUCAUUUGAUAUUGAUUUUCAUAGCUGGAUUUUUUAGAGGCCCAGGAUCUAUAAACACCCACCACCUCGUUCGAGCUACCACUGUGUAUUAAUAUUCAGAAUAACGAGUCUUUGCUUUUUCAAGGUCUGUUUACCCAGUGAUGUCCAAUAUUUCCUUUCAAUGCCGGCUGAUUCAAAAUAUUGCACUGAUCGUAAAUACAUCUAAUAAAAUGGGUAUACUGGUUUAAAGGACGCUUCGCUGUACUAGUUGGCCUUUUGCCAUCUUAUGAUUUCCCCAAAUAUACCUGUUACCUGACCGCCAAAUUUAUUAUUAAACGUUUCCCAAUGUACAUUC